CCCGUCUUGUUAAAUGUUUUUGUUUAACUUGUUGGCGGUGUUGUGUCGGGGUCACCCAGGACGGCGCCUCUCAACAAGACGGUACACUAUAGUAAGGUGACUUGUAAGAAGACGUGUACACGUAGGGAGAUGAGGACGCAGGGCAAGAAUGUGAUGGAGCGGGUCAUAUCGCGCCACACUGGCCAGAGGAGCCGCGUCUCCAAGCGCUCAGCGCCUUCCAUCUUCCUUUACCACAUUACCUUCCUCAAGAUGCUGGCCAAGAAUUGUGACAAUUUUGCCUUUAGGCAACGUAAGAUGCAAAUAAAUGAAGAUGCUGUUUUGUCAUGUGCUCCAGAUUUGUUGGCUGCAUUUUAUGACACUGGAAAGAUUAAAAAGAAGGCAUUAAAAACUGGAGAAGACAAGAAACAAAUGGAAAAUGCCAAUAAAAGUAAAGAUCCUACAUAUAGUAUCUUUGAAGAUGAUGAAGAUGAUAUUUCAGAUAUUUCAGAUAAGGAAAAUUAGUGUCAAGAAUUGAAUUAAAAGGUAAUUUAUGGUUUGAAGUACAGUAUUGUACUGUAAUUGGUUCAGUUGUGUUUAUAAAAGUUUAAAAGAAAUGUGGUUAAUCUGUUUAUUUUAAGGAGGUACUAUACAGUAGUUAAUUUCUAUGCAAAAAUAAUGACUAAUUUGAAGGCUUAAAACCGUUUAUGGCAAGCGGUUUUCUUAACUUAAUUACCUCGGUAGUCUGGAUGUAGUCUAGGAUGAUAGGAUACCAGGAUUUAAAUUUUGUAUUCAUUUUAUUGGUUAUAUAGCAUGGGGAGGUGAUGUGGCCCAAUAGAUAUAUGUAAGUUGAACCUGCAAUGACUCGUUUAAUCAUGAAACGAAAACUUUUAGCAACCCGAUAUUAUUCCCUAAAAUGGUGAAUAGCUAAAUAUAGAUACUAUUGUAUAUUAUGUUUGAAAACUGACAAAAUGUUAAAUUGAAGUGUGCAUUCAUUUUCUUCAUACAGUGUUUUGUAACCAACCUUUAUUUUUGCUGAUCAUUUUUGCUAGUGUAAUGGCACUCACGAGCUGAAAAUAAAUGGUUCCCUUUUCCUAUGGGAAUGUUGUGUGAUUUAGGGUCACAUUGAAUUGUUAAAGAGGACCUCAUGUUCAGCAAGACUGGUAAGGAACUUGGUUCUUUGUCAGCUACAGAAAAUUUAUAAGGCAAGUUCAUUCAAGGUAAAAAAAUUACCGGUUAUCUUAAAUUUUGUGAAGUUGUUGAAUUCUGAACUGUUACUAAAACACUGCUAUAUAGAAAAAUAAAGUUUUAAAAUCUAGACUAUUUUUUUUGUUUAGCCCAGCAAGUAACAUCUUGUACUGAACUAUAAAUGCUGUUAGGAAGAAAUACUUGUUAUAGUUUUGCAUAGAUUGUUGCAAAAAACUUUAGUAAAAGUAGUUUAUUUUUUAUUAAAUGUAAUGGGCAGAAUUUGUAUCAAAAUUCAAUAAAAAAGUACAAAAGAAAAGGUUGUUAAUUAUGACAAAAUUUUAUAGUUUAACAGAUUUAAAGAGGUAUUUAAUAUCUGGAUACAUAAAUACAUAUUCUUUAACAUUGUAUAUUACAGCUAGUUAAAAAUUUAAAAUUGGUUUCUACAGAGGUGUAGCAAGUGUAAUAUACUUGCUCCAUACUCUCAUUAGCUUAUGUGCAGUUAAUGAGAUAGGUUACAUAGGAUUAACAAACCAAUCUCUAAGUUAUCACAUUUUGUAAUUGUACAAGUAAUUACAGUUGCCCAAAAUGCUGUGCAUAUUAGUGGUUUUAGCUAUAGUAUGUACUAGUAUUGAAUGUAUUUACUUUUACCUGAAUAAACGUUAUCUAUCGUA